UAUUCACCUCUUUAUUUACCGUCUGUGCUUUUGCCCAUAAGAUGCUUUGUAAGAUUUUUGAGUGGCUACUUUGAAACUUAAGAUUCUUUCUUCAUCGUGUAAUAUUUACAAAUCUAUUUAAGUUAAAGUUAAACUAUCACUAAAGUAAAGGUUCAACUACGCUCUGUUUAAAAUAAAAAUAUGAACAGUGACUUAAGAUUAAGAACAACCUUGGCUAUCAGUGCAGUCAAGUCUUUGAUAGUGGUUUAUGAUAUUCUCAGUUUACCGUUUUAUUUCGUUGCGCAACGUCCGUGGAAAAAAUGGUUGAAGACAUCGGUUUGGGGUAAGCCACAGAAAGCUGGAGAUGUAUCAGGUCCGUGGGUCAGGUUUGGUGAUCAUACAGAACCACCUCUUCCUGGCAUUCAGACUGUAGAUGAAUUAUUUCGCACUUCUGUAAAUAAAUAUGGAAAAACUCAGUGCUUUGGAACCAGAGAAGUUAAGGGAGAAGAGGAGGAGGUUCAGAAAGACGGAAAAGUUUUUAAGAAG